GCGUAGCGUAAUUUUUGUUUGAAUGACGGAGUUGUUUAUUUUCAUGUCGGUGUUCUGAACUGAGUAAUUUCGAAAAAAGAUGCAUUUAAUUGAUUUUUAUUCCUCAAAAAAAUGAAUAGAUGAAAAAAUUUCGCUUAAUCAUGUCAGGGAAAGAAGUUCGUUGUUGUGUCGCAGCUUGUCUGAGAACAAGCAAAGAUGUGGCUCAUAUGUUUCAAUUUCCGCUGGAUCCUGAGGCUUGUGAAAAAUGGAUAGAAUACACAGAAUCUGCCGCUUUGCGGGAACAGUUCGUUCUGCUAGGAGUAGAACAUCUUCAAAAGACUAAACGGAUGAUAUGUGCUAAUCACUUUGUGGAAAGUUGUUUCGUAGAUCCUGAUAAUAAAUCACAAGGUUUACUUGAAGGGAGUAUUCCUACAAAAAGCGUUUCGGACUCACUAGAGCCUUCGAAAAAGAGAAAGACCAGUGCAGCACCAUUGGAUACUGAGCAGACUAAACCGACUAACGCAUCUGAUUCUUGUCCCAAGAGUCGGCGGCUUAGAAACGUCUUGAAAGUCGAGAACACUCAACUUCUUAGAAUAACAGAUGAGUUUUUGGAGGCACGUGCAAGCGUCAGGAAAGCAAAAAGGAAACAAAUCCAAGCCAACGAGGCUUUGCAAAAGGUGGAACAUUCUAUUAAAAAUUUAAAAUCAAAAAUGAAAACAUUUGCGGAAACAAACAAAAUUAAACUUAAACGUUUAUAUGACAGCUCUGAAGACGAAACUUUAACCUGAUAGAAAGUACAUGAAAUAGACUAAUUUAAAAAAAAACGUUUCAAUUUAUAACCGACUUUAAAACAAGAAAGCCUUAUUACAGAUUUCUAACAUUGUGAGGAUUUUUACCACCAGA